CUUGAUCAAUACGCAGUGCAUAUGAAACCACGGAGAAUUAGGUCAAGUUAUUAAAUCUGUGUGGUUACAAUCAAAGAAAAAAUUACAAUGAAUUUCGUUGUAAAUUUUAUCGUUGUGGGUGUGGCAUUUAUGGCUUUUAUUGAAAAAGGAAAUUGUUUAAAAUGUUAUCAAUGCAACAGUCACGUAAACAGCACUUGUGGCGAAGAAAAAGUACCAGAAAGCUUUGCAAUGGAGUGUCCAAAAAAUGGAAAAACUUACAUUCUUUGUCGUAAAAUCAAACAAGUUAUCGAUUUCGAAGUUAACGGAUUACCCCCAGAUAGUAGAAUUAUAAGAUCUUGCGGUUGGGAUGAUAAAAGCCACUCGGAUAAAUGUUAUCAACGAUCCGGGUUUGGUGGAAGACAAGAAGUUUGCUCGUGCAAAGAUGAAAAUUGUAACGGAGCACCAAAAAUGAAUGUUUUCGCGCCAAUUUUGAUCAUAAUCGGUGUCUUUUUUAGCGUCAUUUAAAGCCGUUUUAUUUUUGUAAUCGUUAUUAAUUAAUUUUUAGAUUGUAAGAAUUGAUUUAUUGAGCAAAGUAUGAAAAUUAAACAGUCAUUAAUAUUUCAAAGUCUUGACUAACAUAAGUUCCCCCAUUAUUCCACCACACGUACAAAUUAUUGUAUAUGCUGGUAGGUGGCACAACUUUUCCUAUUUUCCAUUCGUUUUCAUGGUAAAUUUUUCCAAUGUACAAUUUUCCGUCGGCUUGAUGUCCACCGAUGAUGCACUGAUGAAGAAAUUCGUGAUCUAAUUCACCCAUAUUAACAGCUUCCCAUUGUAAAGAUUGCGGUUCUGAAGUGCAUAAUAGCUAAUAAAAAUUAAUAAGUAUUACUAAAUUAUGUAUAAAUAUUAAAUAAAUUUAUUUUAAUUUA